AUGGCUUCCUAUCUAGUGACCGGCGCUUCUCGAGGACUGGGAUUAGCGCUGAUCAGUCGUCUCGCGACGUUGCCCAAGACCGAGGUAGGAACUAUCAUUGCUGCCGUUCGCCAGGACGAUUCCGCUCAACUCAGUGAAAUUGCAAAUAAUUCAUCAUGGCGAGUACAGAUGGUCAACUUAGAUGUCACCAAUGAAUCCAGUGUGAAGGAGGCUGUCGGUGUAGUAGAGCGCCAGCUGCAAGGGAAAGGACUUGACUAUCUGGUCAACAACGCGGGAGUGACGGACUGGUCUCCAACCGGAUUGGAAGGAAUGGACAAUCUGAACGAGACGUUCAAUGUCAACGUUACAGGGCCUCAUCUCAUGUCGCGUGCUUUCCUACCGCUGCUUCGCAAAGGCGAGAAGAAAACAGUAAUUAACAUGUCGACCACCUUAGGCUCUAUCACUAUGGCUGAUGCGUUUCGGCCGCUGCCAACACCCGCAUAUAAGAUAUCAAAAGCCGCGUUGAACAUGCUCACUGUCCAAUAUGCUUUGCAAUAUGCGGAUGAUGGCUUUACCUUUCUUGCAAUUAGUCCUGGUUGGCUCCGCACUGACCUUGGUGGCCGCCGGGCACAUCUGUCGGCUGAGACAGGUGCCGAGAAGGUAGUGGAUAUAAUACAAAAGGCAACACCGGAACAGAAUGGAAAGUUCAUUAACAUACAUGUCCCUGGUUGGGAGGUGCCAGAGGGUGCCGAUCAGUAUGACGGCAAAGAAAUCCCUUGGUGA